UAGCGCGGCGGCGGCGGCGGCGGUGGCGGCUGCGGCUGCUCCAGCCCGGGCGGCGGCAGCACCAUGAGCGGGUCACAGAACAAUGAUGUGAGGAGACAGUGCCUGUUGGAAAGAUUGCUGGAUGCCGUAAAACAGUGCCAAAUCCGCUUUGGCGGGAGGAAGGAGAUCGCCUCAGAUUCUGACAGCAGGGUGACCUGCCUAUGUGCCCAGUUUGAGGCCGUCCUACAGCACGGCCUGAAGAGGACCCGGGGCCUGGCCCUCACGGCUGCCGCCAUCAAGCAGGCUGCAGGCUUCUCUAGCAAGAGUGAAACAGAGCCUGUGUUUUGGUUCCACGUGAAGGAGCUGCUCAGCAAGCACGAGUUGCAGCGCUUCGCUGCCCUGCGCCACAUCGCCUCGGAUGUGGGCCGUGGCCGCGCCUGGCUGCGCUGUGCCCUCAACGAGCACUCGUUGGAGCGUUAUCUGCACAUGCUGCUGGCCGACCGUGGCCGGCUCAGCACCUUCUACGAGGACUGGUCCUUUGUUAUGGAUGAGGAGCGUGCCAGCAUGCUGCCCACCAUGGCGGCGGGCCUGAACUCCAUCCUCUUUGCCAUCAACAUCGACAACACGGACCUCAACGGGCAGAGCAAGCUGGCGCCCAGCGUGUCAGAGCUGCUCAAGGAGUCAACACAGAACGUCACGUCUCUGCUGAAGGGCUCCACGCAGGGUGUGAGUAGCCUCCUGCGUGAGAUCAGUGCCUCGGCACCCGUGGCCAUCCUCAUCCGGCCCGAGCAAGACACAGACCCUCUGCCAGUCAUGUCCCGGAGCCUCAGUGCUGAUGCGAAAGGCAGAAAGGAGCGUAAGAAGAAGAAGAAAGUCACCAACAUCAUCUCGUUUGAUGACGAGGAGGAGGAGCCCUCCGGAGAUGUACCCAGGAAGCCGCCAUCGUCCAGGGAGAGCCCAGAGGAGAACUCAGAUCGCUCCUCCCUCAACAUAUCCUCGGCGCCCAUCGAGAGUCCCUUUGGGCCACAUUCCAACGGCAGCCAAAGCAGCAGCUCCUGGAAAACAGACCCGCUGUGUCCCAAUGGGGAGUUUGGCUUUCAGAAGCUAGACGUAAAAAGCAUUGACGACGAGGAUGUGGAUGAGCCUGAUGAGCACUCAUAUGGGAGCACGACGGGCCGGAAGUGCACCAGCCCCGCUGGGUCCCCCAAGCCACUGGACGGGCCCCCCUGCCUGGCCCCCAUGCAUGGCUGGGCCCCCCUGCAGGUGCUUCAUGGCGACACCGGUGUCCUCUUCCCAGUCAGCAGCAUCGGCUCCUAUGAUGACACUUCAGAUGUGCCGGUUGGAAGCCUGGAGAAUGGAGCUGGACUGGGUGAACUGGUUGUCCCGGGGCCCGGGCUGCGAUCUAGUGUGGAUGCCAGCUCCCCAGGCCCGGGAAGCGCUAGAAGCAGCCUGUUGCCAUCUGCUGUGGCGCCGGACUCCAUGACCAUGAGUGAGCUGCGGCAGGCGACUGUGGCCAUGAUGAGCCGGAAGGACGAACUGGAGGAAGAAAACAGGUCCCUGCGAAGCCUGCUGGACGGUGAGAUGGAGCACUCGGCGUCACUGCGGCAGGAAGUGGACACGCUGAAGCGGAAGCUGGCGGAGCAGGAGGAGCGGCAUGCCACCAAGGUCCAAGCAUUGGCAAGAGAAAACGAGGUGCUCAAAGUCCAGCUGAAGAAGUACGUGGGUGCCGUUCAGAUGCUGAAAAGGGAAGGUCAGACAGCUGAAGUUGUUCCCAGUCAUUGGAAUGUGGACAGCGAAGUCCCAGUCUCUGAACAAAAGCCAGGGGAAGUGGCAGAAGAGCUGGCCAGUUCUUACGAGAGGAAGCUCAUUGAGGUGGCCGAGAUGCAUGGGGAGCUGCUGGAGUUUAACGAGCGGCUGCACCGUGCCCUGCUGGCCAAGGAAGCGCUGGUGUCCCACAUGCGGCAGGAGCUCAUCGACCUGCGUGGGCCGGUGCCGGGAGAUCUGAGUCAAACGUCCGAAGACCAGAGUUUGUCAGAUUUUGAAAUAUCCAACCGGGCCCUGAUCAACGUUUGGAUCCCAUCGGUGUUUCUGCGGGGCAAAGCAGCCAAUGCGUUCCACGUAUACCAGGUCUACAUCCGCAUCCGCGAUGACGAGUGGAACGUCUACCGGCGCUACGCUGAGUUCCGAAGUCUGCACCACACGCUGCAGAGCAAGUUCCCCCAAGUGCGCGCCUUCAGCUUCCCGCCCAAGAAGGCCAUUGGCAACAAGGAUGCCAAGUUCGUGGAGGAGCGGCGGAAGCUUCUACAGAGCUACCUGCGCAGCAUCAUGAACAAGGUCAUCCAGGUGCUCCCCGACUUCGCCACCAGCCCCAAGAAGGAAACGCUGGUGCGGCUCAUGCCCUUCUUCGUCGAUGUCCACCCCCCUGGGGAGCCCCUAAACAAGAGCAGCCGGACCCGGGCGGCCUCCCGCUUCUCCAAGCUGUCCCGGGGACAGCCCCGGGGCAUAACACGCAACGCAGAGCCCCAGAGCGGCGACCUCUGACCCCGAGGGACGUCCACAGGGACCGCCAUGUCAGCCUGGUGACCCUUCCCGAAGCACCCCGCCUGCUGGCCGCAUGACCCUGAUUAAACUGGUCCGUCCCAGAGCAUGGCGGUUCAGGAGGGCACUGGCCCCCCACAGCAGAGGCUGGAGGGUAGACAUCCAUGUCACCUCCACGGCAUGCAGGAGUGAACAGUUCAGUGGGGUGUCUGGGCUAGUGGCUCCCACAGAGUAGCCUUGAACACUCCAGAAACCAAGGGAGUCUUGUCAUCACAAGCCUCUGGGUCAUGAGGGGGAUGGAGUCUGGUAUCCCCAGUGGGGUUGUUCCUGCGCAUGGACACAUGUACUGUCUAGACAUGAGCUCCGGGGUCCCCAGAUGGAUGAAAGUCUCAUGCACCCUGACUCCCGCACAUUGGGGAUCUGCCGGAGGAGAUGCGUCUGGUGGAUCUUGAAUCAUGACUGAAGAUUGGGACUAAGUCAGGGGCUGCUCCUAGGCCCUGCAGCCUGCCCUGGACUUUGGGAGACACCAGUUGCUUACAAGUGCUUCCUGGGCAGAAGAAACUUUUGGAAAGAGUUGGCAGGAUGUUUUAUGUGGGAUCUGCUACUCCCUACGGAGCUUCCAUGGAGCAGGCUGGGCUGGACCCCGACAUCCGCCUGCUGGGAGAAAGGGGAACCCAAGGGAGCAGCUCCAGGACCCGCUGUCCUCGGAAGAGGAGAGCAAGAUCGCCCACCCCCAGGGUUCUUCUGCACCUCAGAGCCAAUGCUGCUUCAACAUGGAGACCCCGGUGGCACCGAGGAGUUCCCCUUACCCCAAUUUUCCUUCCAGGGGGCCUAUUCUGGGCCCAGCUGAAUGUGAUUGGUCUUGCUCUCUACCCCCACUUCGGCCUUAAUGGGGAGUCAUGGACUGGCCAGCACUCACCUGCCUUGGGCACCCUGAUGGGCAGAGGCUGAAGAGGGGAGCACAGACCCCUGCCCCAAUUUUGGACGCACCUCUGGGAGUUCCUGAGGUUGUUAGAAGCAGGAACAGCUGGAAAUGAGAUAGGGGGCCUUCACCCCUCAAUGAGGCUCCUGGCUGCAAGGGGCAUCCAACUAAGUAGUUCUGGUAGGUGGAGUGCCAGACCCUGCUCUUUCCUCCUUCUGGUGGUGACUCCUGAGUGCAGGGACCCCACAAAAUUUAUCGUCCCAUCUCCCAGGCUGACCCCAUAGCCGAGUCUGGGAUGGGGCAGAGCCAGGACAGCCCCAAGCCAUUCCUCCAGGUCACAAAGCUCCUUAGAAGCUCCUUCCCCACCACCAGAACUUGGGGCUUGGUGCUGGGGAUCCCUUUUUCCUUUAGGCUCUGCACUAAGCAGGUUUCAGGUCUCAUUCUCCACCUGUGGCCCCCACAUUGGGAGCGCAUUGGGGGCCCAGUAGGUGCCUCAGCCUGGUGGGAGUAGGCAAUUUCCUUCCAGCAACUUCUCCCUGCCCAACCCAUUAAGGACCAUAGAAUCGGGCUGGGUUUCUUCCAGGAGCCAGGGGUGAGUGAGCCCUGACAUCAGAGCUGUCCCAGACAAAGUGGAUGCAGGAAAAGGGAGGUCUGAGACAGCUCUGAUGUCAGGGUUCAUCCACUUUGCCCUUUCUUGCCCACAGUCUCUGGGCCCUCUGGUGGCAGAAGGUGCCCCAUCCUGUCCCUCUCCCUGCAGUUCUACAUGUUCUAGAUUUUCUGCUCCUGGAUCAGCAAGAAUGAGGGGACCCUGAGUCCCCCACUUGCUGAUCUGAGGCUGCAGAGAAGGACCCAGCAGGGAGUGGAGCAAGGAUGGGUGUGCCUAUUUUUGAGGGGCCCAGACCUCUUCUUGUGGGGCCUGGAGAGCCCAAGGCCACCUUCAGAGCUGGGGAUGAGGGUUAUGCCAGAGCAGACCUGAUCCAUGGGUGCCGCAUCCCCAAAGGCCGAGAGAGCCUCCCCUUUUCCCCCAGACUGGGGUGUGAUAGCUGAGGAGACUCAGCACCUCUGGGGACCAUCAAACACCAAGAUGCUGCAUCCCUCUUACUCAGCAUCACACACGGACCAUGUGGGGGUUCGGGCUGCGAGCCGGUGGGUUCCCUCAGCGCCCCACUUCUGUUACGGUUUACACCCCAGGAUUUUUAAACAAAUGUGUUUAAUUUUCUAAACUCUUUAUUCUAUUAUUAAUAACUCUAUUAUUCCACUUUUCUUUUGGAAUACGCGUUGGCGGUGGUUUUGUUACGGCCGGUCGGACACGCGUCUUGACAAGCACAGAAUUAAAAGGGUACUUUUGUA